UUGCAGCAGCGUAUGAGCCUCCUCUGCUCCGCUGUCUGAGCGCGCUGCAGCCGCGCUGGUACACAGCAAUCAGGCGGUGACAUGUAGCGCAACUCAAAGCGGACAGGCUUCACUGAAGACCAUGUUUUGACAGUGGGGAGGAAAUUAUGUCGAUGAACAACCUAGGCAGACUAGAUCAGAUCCAUCGCAAUGAGCGCCUCCUUCCCAAAAUCUGAUUCCACAACCUCCCUUCUGAAAUCAUCUUCGGUGGCAAGGAGACCGACACACCUCCCUGGACACACAGCAGAUAACCGAAGAGGUCAGCAUCACCAUCAGCAUCAUCACCGUCCCGCAGCACUCCAGAGCAGCAGCAAAACGGAAGAGUCCUUCUGGUCAGCCGAGUGCGACGUAAGUGCCAGAAGACCCCUGUGCCAUCCGUCUCUCGUUGGUAACCAGGACAGUAGUAACAAUGCAGCCACGCGGGGCAAGUGCAAGUCACAUGUCCCCCACAUCCAAGUUCCCGUUCCGUCGGACGCCAAUGGCGACGCAGGCCAAGGUGUGAGGGAGCGCUGCAGGACAUCCAAACCCCCACACCGGCACCAUCACCGCAAAAAACACAACCAUGAGGACCGUCCGCCGCCAGCAGGACCACCUGAACCAGAACAUCCCCGGCGGUAUCACACGCACCCCCGCCCCGUCCCCAGGGUGCCCUCUCUGUCAGACAGUAACGAUGACAGAGCCCCUCUUUGUGAACCGAGAGACCAUAAAGGGGGCAGUUUGGCCAAUGGCGGUGGUCAAGUCAGCAGUCCUUCUCCGUCCUCAUGCUCCGUCCCACCAUCCAGCAGGUCAUCUCGUCGCUCAAGGAGGUCAAGUGCUGCUUCCUCUACAUCCGAUAUCAAUUUACGGACCAUUCUCAAUUCACUCUUUGGGCAGGAUAGAGAACUGCGACCAGAAGAAAUGGAUGAGCUGCGAGAUGCUUUCAAAGAGUUUGACAAAGACAAGGAUGGUUUCAUCAGCUGUAAAGAUCUUGGGAAUUGUAUGAGGACUAUGGGAUACAUGCCCACUGAAAUGGAGCUGAUAGAGCUGAGUCAACAAAUAAACAUGAACUUGGGAGGCCAUGUUGAUUUUGAGGACUUUGUGGAAUUAAUGGGCCCAAAACUCCUUGCUGAAACUGCAGAUAUGAUUGGAAUAAAGGAAUUAAAAGACGCAUUUAGGGAGUUUGAUACUAAUGGGGAUGGUGCCAUAAGCACAUCUGAACUCCGAGAUGCAAUGAGGAAGCUGUUGGGCCAACAAGUUGGUCUAAAAGAAGUAGAAGACAUCCUAAGGGAUGUGGACUUGAAUGGUGAUGGACUUGUUGACUUUGAGGAGUUUGUAAGAAUGAUGUCUCGCUAAGAUCAUGGAAAUGAUCAGUCCUGAAUGUGAAGCUAUGUCCUUCUUCACACAAGACCACGUACCACCAAGGACAUGCCAAGAUAUUCUGAGCCAUUCAAAUCUAAAUACACUGGAAAUAAAACACCUUGAAUGAUAUGGAGCAAGGAGUCACCUCACACUUUCAAUCAAUAAGUGUUCUUCCAGAGAAGUCUCUAGUUAAACUGAGGCAGAAUUUGCUGUAGCAUAGCUGAUGAUUGUCUAAUUCAUGUUUUUUUGCACUUUAACUCUCACUAAAUAACUUCCUGUGUGGAUAGAUUGUUUGUGUUGUUUCAUUUUCUACAUGGUAUUUAGUGUCUUGCAAAAUGUCGCCUUUGAUGUCCACCGACAUCAGAAUGAGAGACUUAAUGUAAGAAAGACAUAACAGAUCAGCACUGUUGAAUGUUUAUAUAGUCACACCUUAUGUGUUGUAUUAGAAAUUGUCUGUGGAAGUACCUUUGUGUUACAACGGUGCUUCACCAAGGAAUCCAAGUGGCAAUAUCACAUCUGUAAUGUACCUUUGUGACCAUCUGUAAUUUUUCACUGUGAUAGUCCAGGCUGAUGAAAAGCAUCACUGUCUGACAUGCAACAAAAAAGAUCUCUGAGCUUAAUGAGAAGCAGAUCUUUGAAACGCCUUGCAUUUUUGUUAUUCACUCAUCCUAGAUCAGGGGCAGUAGAAACAAGGCCACAUAAGAUAAGAUGUGCAACUCUCUUAAAGUUUAAAUACAGAAAGCCAAAGUGCUCACUGACAAGCAGUGGUUUGCAGCAAUAUGGACCAUCUCUAGACUUUUAGUCUUUUAAUGUUCACAGGUUUAAAAUUCACAAAACUUGAGAACUAGUAAUGGCUGUUUUUAAAACUAUAUUUAGCCCUGCAUGAGGUUAUACAGUAGGAAUGACAAACGUGAACUGUACUGACCGUGAAUCUGAUUGUGUUAUAAGUGUACUGUAGGUCACUGUCAUUAUUCUUGAUGUGGUAAUGUUCCACACAUCUGUGCUGUCCAAGACAUUUUUAUGCAUGCCAAAGAGAACAAUUUACUGAAUUUAGUAUGCACAUUUGCAUUUUUGUCUAACAAAGUUUUAAAAAACAAAUUGCCAUGUUAACAGUAGAAAAAUAAAAAGUGUUUACAUUUG